AUGCUGCUGCAGAUGCCUCCGACGGAUUUGACGAAUGAACGGCAACUCAUCCGUGAGCUGGAGAUUCUCAAAGAGCUCUGCACGACACCCCCGACUGUCAGUUUCUUGUUGCUGCUGGUUGACAGAGCCGUUACGCUCACCUCUCAACAGAACCGGAGGAGUGAGGCGCGGCGAUCAAGCGUGAAGCCCUUCACAGCAGAUGCGAGCAAGAACGAAAAGCAGCUUGCCCUGAAGAAGAGGCCUUCGACCUCAGAGUGUAACUCCGAAGGGUGGAGGCAGCAUUCCAACACUUAUGAGAGCCUGAGGGAGGAUGGUAGAUCUUCCGAGCGGGUGGACAUAACUGUGGCGCUGAGGUUGAACAAGACAACUCAUUUUCGAGACAUGAACAUCUUCGCUCUCCAAUCUACUUUGGCGGAUGAGCUGUGUCAGGCUGAAGGGAUUGCAAGGAGCCGAAUAGCAUUCUACGACUUGGAUACCAGAAAGAUCCAAGCCAUGAGAGAUGUUUGUAUGAGUGACACCAAUGAUGGAAGAAUGAUGGAGAUUUUCAGGCGUAUGAAGCAAUCUAUCUUAGCUUUGCCAUUCUUCCACCGACAAGGAAAGUUUCCUCACUCCUGGCCUGGAAUGACAUGUCCUGUCUUCAAGGUACGAUCAAAGACGGGUCCAAUCCUCGAUAUGCCGCUGGCUAGCAAUAUUCUUGAUUGUCAAGUUGUAACAAGUUCGACGGACUCGUACAAGUCUUACACCUCCUCGCCGAGGCAACAGCAGCAGGGCUCCGCACGUGAAAGCUCAACGGGACAACAAAUCUUCUCUUGCCAUCCAACCAAACUCACAUUUGAAGUUCGUUGUUUUGAGUUGCCUGCAGCGGUUCUUAUUUCUCCUCAGAUCCCUCCCCCAAGACCGAAGACGCAAGGAGGGUUGCUAUAUUCCACGACUGAAUUCGCGGAAAUGCAAAAUGCCAUUGUGAGAGCGAAGCAAAGGUUGGCGUUUGCUGAGAGGAAAGCGUACACAGCGGCAGAAAUGGCUAAGAAGAUGGCAAUAUCCAUUCGGCAUCAGUCGAACCAUGUAUUAUGA